AUGCCAUUCUUCAUCCCUCAGUUAAUUCCCCUGCUCCGUCGCCUCCCAGUGCUCGCCUGGCUCACCAUCGACAUGCCCCUUGCAGAGACGGCUCAUAUCUUUUCCUCUGGUGGGGCUAAUCUCUCGUUGAGUAGUAACCAAACCUUUAUUGCCAGCGGUCAGCUGGUUGUCUGGAGCAUCCAGCUGAUUAGUCAGCUUAGUGUAGCUUCAUUCACUGAAGAUCAGUUUGGUCUAGUGCAAAUGCACCUUGGCCAGAUAUUGGUUACUUUAGCUACACUUUACGAGGUAAAUAUGCAUCAUUUGGCUGAUUUAACAAUCAUUUAA